AGGCCCUCACUGGGGGGCAGCAGGAUCUCGCAGUCCGCUCGUACUCCGAGAGUUCAACCGCAUCCAUGUCUCGGCUGUUCUCCUCACUCGACGCGCGGGGCUUUCAUUUCACCUACACAACGCGUCUUACGCUGCGCGACCCUGCGCGAACCGCGGACUGCACCCUACACCUCCUGCAUGUCCUCCCUCCGGACGUGUACGCGGACCAGUAUGAACUCGUGCAACGCCCUGGCUUCUCGGUCACUGUGCGGGGGACGUCUGACUUGGAGCUGCCUGUAGGAGCUGUGGGUUCGGAAGGAUCUGUUCUACUGCUCGAUGUCGAAGUGGAGGAGAGGAGAGAAGCCGAGAUGGAGCUGGUUAUCGAUGUCCCUCUGCACGCUAGGUAUGGCAAUCCUAGCGCGGCCGAUAAGCCAGAACUUCGAUCUGUUCAGAUGGACCGACCAGUUGGUUUCUGGGCGUGUCCCUCGUCAAGUGAGUCGUACACACGGGAAUGUUUGCAACCUAGUCAUCUCUGUUCAGGUUCGGGAAGCAUGAACGUUCCCCAUGAGAUCGCGCCGCACAUACAGCCUGAUAUGUUCACGACGUCCUCGCUUUCUAUCAUACCACAUUCUCCAUCCGUGCAAGCCUCAGAGCUAGUUAUCCCGGUGGGCAAUCUAACGGACCUGGCAUUCGUCGACGUCGGCACUGCCAUCACGAUGCUCCUCUGUUUCCUUUACCUUGCCGUUGUUUCCGUACGCACCGCACGCCGCUUAUAUCAGCCUCCGAACAUGCUCAAAACAGAGUGAGAGCAAUC